GUUACCGACUCCGUCACAAAACAAAAGUGUCAUGGCGGAGUUAGACGAAAACGCUCGCGACAAGGAAAAAUCGUCUGGGGAGAGCGAAAAUAUGAAAACGUCGAUUGAUAAGCCCUCGUCCCAGGGCAAACAAGAGAACUCGGCCGCUGUCAGCACCACUGAGUACUGCGAGAAACUGCAGGGGUGGAUGUGGCAGUACUACUGCAGCUAUAUGAACUGGCAGAGCUGGAUAGCCAUGUCUGCGCUUUCCUUCCCACCGUGUUUCCCCACACAAGGAGCGACUGAAUCGCACGGGACGACGGCAUGGGGCACAGAUAUGUCAAACGGAGACCUUCGUAACUGGCUUAACAGCCCGUUUGGUUUUCCUGCUGCAGCGGUGAAUGUAGCGGCUCCAGCGAGCGGACAGAGUUCUGCAGCUCCAGCCACUGCACCUGCGCAGAUACAACAACAACAACAAGCUAAUGGAAACGCUCAACAGCCAGGUAGAGAAUAUUCUAUUCCCUCUCCCCUCCAACGGUUCAUUGCGGAAAUGGUGGACUUCUUUAUUCUUUUCUUCAUUAAAGCUACAAUUAUCAUCAGUAUUGUCCAUUUGAGCGGAAUGAAGGACAUCUCAAAGUUUGCUAUGCACUUCAUUGUGGAGGAGAUCGACGAGGACACGUCAAUGGAGGAGCUGCAGAAGAUGAUGCUCGUGGCUCUAGUGUACAGGAUAUUAGUUUGCUUCUAUGAGAUCAUAUGUAUUUGGGGAGCUGGAGGGGCCACACCGGGGAAGUUCCUUAUUGGCUUGCGAGUGGUCACAUGUGACAGCUCUGUCCUGGUUCAGCCAAACCGUGUUCGUGUGGUACCAGCAACCAAUGUUACACUUUCUGCGUCCACAGUGAGGGCAUUAAACAAGAACUUCUCCAUCGCUUUCUUCUUUCCGGCAUUUAUCACACUUCUUUUCUUCCAGCACAACAGGACAGUGUAUGACAUUGUGGCCGGCACAAUUGUGGUCAAGAGACAAAGGCUUAGAUGACUGUCAAUGGAGUCACCAUCGGUCCGACAUUGUCAUGCAAAAAAACAAACUCAUAACCAGAGGAGAGCGAAGCAGCUGUUCAAUGACUCUCAGCUGAACUAAAGCGAUUGGCUUCUCACAGAACUGUCAAUGUAAGAGCUGAACGCGGCGUCUUCAGUAUUUCUCACCCACCUCUUCUAGACACUUAGUCUUAUAAGCAUGAAAUGCUUUCUCAGAGGUACUUUGUAAUCCUCUCCGUUGACAACUUUGAAUAUUUUUCUUGUGCCAAAGUAAGAUGAUUUCAAAAAACAUGCUGCCUCACUAUACUUGUACUUCCUCUGGUACAUGAAUUACAUUUCUUUCUCUUUUUCUUUGUGGACUAUCAAUUGGAAUAUUCACUAAUAAUGAAAUAUGAGCAGGAAUUAACAUAUUCUUGCAAAUGCAAUAUAGUUUGGUUAUAGAUCCUAAUCUACUGACUGGAUUUGUAUUUUAGAUGAAUGUUUUGUACCUAAUUAUGUGUCUAUUUAAUGGCCUUUAAUGGUUGAAAAUGCUGGGUAAACAUUUUAUUUGUACAGCUGAGCUGUUCUGCGUACUGUAAUUUUCACUGCAUGCCUUCUUCAGCUUCAUGUUCUGCACUAUCAUGAGCUGCUGAGUUCAUCUGUUUAACUUUGCUUUGCCCAAAUAUUUAUCAGUUUGUAUGUUAUUCAUUUGGGAUUGUUUUGAUAUGGCCAAAUCAAAAUAAUUCAGUUAAGUCCCAGACUUAGCCUUCUGUGUUUUCUCUGUGUUUUUAUUGACUUGGAUUUAGCAAAACCAAAAGAAAUCUUUCAAAGGGCACCUAUGAUGAAAAUCAUCUUUUGUAAGCUGUUUGGACAGGACUGUGUGUAGAUAUAGUGUGUCCACAGUCAUGUUGGAGUGAUAUAAAGACAAUAACUCUCUUUUUUUUCUGACAUUAAAAUAGGAUCCAAAUCCCUCCCAUUUUGAGGUCCACCGCCAUAUGAUGUUGGAGUGCUGUUUCCCAGCCCACCGAAUUGAUUGACAGCCGCGUAUUAACAUGUCCUCGUUGUAAUGCGAAUAAUCAUGUCGACAAGUCAGGACUUGCACAAAGCAACUGGGAUAUAAAGAUCUGUUCAGCUCUCUGUGAUCAUCAAUCAUCAUCAUCAAAUGUUAUCACAAAUAAGUUUUACAAGUUUUAAAACAGCAUGUUUGUAAUGAAUUACAGCGAUUUUACCGUCUUUAUUUUAUCACCACAGCCUCGUGCCAGUACAAUUCUAAAAGACGACGCUUUAAUCCCGGUUUGUGGAUGUUAAAUCAGGUUUAUUUUGUACAUUAACAUAACGGAUAUCAUACAGCAGUGGAUAUUAACAUUUAUCCUGUCACAUUUGUUGUGCUAAA